GGUGUAUACGUCUUAAAAGGUUUGGAUAUCACGAGUUUUAUACCAAAGUUGAAUAUACCGAAAAAAUUUUUUUAUGGGACUUACAAAAGUCGAUUUGAAAUAUUCGAAAGUAAUGGCAAACAAGCCUCCUGUUUGUUAGUGGUGUUUGAUGUUAAACGGCCAUGGGAACCUGCAGAGUAA